UUGGGAAAUUAAGAAAAUAAGAAAACCUAUGAUUACAAAUUACAAAAGGAGAACAAAACUUCAAUCAAAACAAACCAAAAUUUUACAUCUGUUACUUACAAAAUAUUUUUACAGAAUAAAAUGUCAGAAGAGCAGAAUCAAACCGUUGUAGAAACCAUUAAAGGAAACAUUAAGAUAUUGAGGUUCAACCAACCUAAUAGAAAAAAUGCUGCCGACUUGAAUGCUUAUAUAAAGAUAAGACAGGCUCUCAAAGAAGCUGCAGACAAUUGUGAUAUAUCUAUGGUCAUACUAACAGGUACAGGAGACUUCUACUGUAGUGGUAAUGACCUCAAAGACCACAGAGACAAAGGGCCUGAACUGACCAAUGAGUUACUGGAUAGAAUAAAAGAAAUGGUGAUAGAAUUUGUAUUGUUUCCUAAACCAUUAGUAGCAAUUGUCAAUGGGCCGGCUGUAGGCAUUGCUGUUACAACACUAGCAUUAUGUGACUUUGUCUUCGCAGCCGAACAUGCUUACUUUUAUGCUCCAUUUACAAAGCUGGGCGUUGUACCUGAGGCAUGUUCUACUUACACAUUUCCAAAAUUAAUUGGUUACAGAAAGGCACUGGAGCUACUGCUGCUAAAUCAGAGAAUAUCCUCGAAGGAGGCUGUGAGCUGUGGACUAGUGAAUAAUGUUUGGGGGAUAGAGGAAUUGGAGGACAGGGCUUGGGAGAAGAUAGAAGUGAUUAACAAUAUUCCAACUGAUACUUUUGUUAAGGCAAAAAAAUUAUUUAGACAGCCCAUUUUGAAACAAUUGCUCGAGACUAAUGAUGCGGAAAUAGACACCUUAAAAACUUUUGUUGGUUUAAGGAGUAGACUGUAGGUAAUAUAAUGCUAAUGGUUCCUGUAAUAAUUGUAUUUAAUGUGAUAUUUAAAAAGUACACUGUACACAUCAGGCGAAUGUAACACUGUAUAAGUUUUCCAUGGGUUUUUUUUUAAGAGAGAUUUAAA